AUGUAAAAUUCUAACAAUAAUAAUUCUGUUAAUGAAAUUUACAUAUAACCUUAAUAAAUAACCUAUUAAAAUAAUAAUGAAGCUUAGGAGGAUCAUAACGUAUCAUUAAGUGAACAUCAAAAUAACCUAAAUUAUAGGUAAGAUAAUUAAAGAAGUGAAAUAACAUAUUCAUAAUAAAAUAGUCUAUUUAAUACAAACAAUCUUAAUUUUAAUAAAUUAAUCUAAAUAUUUGUAUAAAUGCCAAACGGAAGAAUUCUAUCUUGUGAUAUUAAUAAAAAUGAGGAAUGUUUACAAUAAAUUGAAGAUUAAAUUUAAAAAAAAGAAGGUAUACCUCCUAAAAGAUAUAGAUUAUAUUAGGAUUCUAAAUUGUUAAAUACGAUUAGUAAGAAAACUAUAAAGAAAUAUUCAACUUUGCAUCUUAAUAUAAAAUGUACUAACAAGAUUAUUGUAGUAUACAAUAAUUAAAGAUAUAUUAUAUUGGUCAAACUUAAUGAUUUUGUUCUUAAAAUUAAAUAAUAAUUGGAGGAUAAUUUCGAUUUUCCAAUAAAAUGUUAAAAAUUAUAUUUUUAGGGUACCUAAUUAGAAGACUAGUAUACAUUAUUUUAGUAUCAAAUUUAAAAGCAUCCAAAUCCUAUUGUUGAAUUAAAAUUACAAAAUCUUAUUUAUAUCAAUUAAGAAUCAAAAAAUAGAUAAUUUAUGAAUUAUUUAGAUAUAUUUUAGACAAUUAAAAAUUUAAAAUCAUUAUUGAUUUAAAAAUAUCCUGAUUUAGGUAAAUUUCAUCUGUUACAUAAUGAUGUAGUUUUAAAAGAUCAAUUUUUCCUUAAUAUGAAAGAUAUUAAACAUUUAUCAAUACUUAAAUUAGUUGAAAUUAAAUACCUAAAAUUUGAAAUACAAACAUCGACUAUAACAUUGAAAAUAAAAAAAUUAGAUUAUGAAACUAUAUAUGAUAUAAAAAAGAAAAUAGAAUAAAAAUUAAAAUAUUCAAUUUAUACAUAACAUUUAUUUUAUAAAGGUGAAGAAUUAGAAAAUUAAAAAGAAAUUUUUGAAUGUAAUAUUGAAGAAAACAGUAAGUUGUAUUUAUUCAAUAAUUUAUACCUAUUAAUUAAUUGUAAUUUUGAUGUCUUCCCAAUAAUAAUAAUUGCAAAUAAAAAGGUUUAAGAACUUAAAUAGAAAAUAAAUGAAUUAAAUUCUUAAAUGCUACCAGAUUAUUUUCAACUAAAAUAUAAUGGAGAAAUAUUGAAAGAUGACAUAUAAUUGUCAUAUUACAAUGUUUAGAAUUUUGAUUAUAUUUUUAUGGAAUUUGAGAUAUGA